AUGCUCGCUCCGUAUGCGUGUGUGCGGGCCAUGGGGCAUCGUCGCUAUUCUCCGCACCCCCCGGUGUUCAUGCUGCUGCUGAUGCUGCUGUGCUGUACGGCCGGGUGUCUCGCCGAAAGUUCCCACCGCUCCAUGCACGGUGAGACAAGUCAGAAGAGUAUACAAACUGCUAUGGUGCGGGAGAUACCCCUCAAGGGGCAGGGAGGAAUGCAGGCAUACACCGCCACUGCGGCCGUCGACUCCGGCGAGUCCAAAGAUGCCAAGAUAUUUGAACCUAUUCGCAUCAAGGCAUACACGAGGGACCUGAACGACCCAUCAAAGUACUGCACAAGGGCAGGGGAUUACUGCGAUACACCCAGUUAUAAUAGGCAAUACUGCUAUCAAGGCAGUCUGCUAACAGUAAGGAAGAAAAAAAUUUUGGAGGAAUGGUCCGUUCCCGCAGCAAUUAAACUCCACAUGGACCGCCUCCAGGUGCAACGAGCUGAAGAGAUUGUUAAAAUGCCAAGAGAAGGUGGAGUAUGCGGCUGGUACCACAUCCCUGAGGAGCACUUUACUAAGGGUUUGGCAGAUGCCGAUUUGCACGUUUACGUCAGCGCCGCAGCGUCAGACAGCUAUUCGUAUGAGAUGACUUGCCUGAGGUUGAAGAAUCACCGUCCCAUUGCUAUUGCCAUCAACUUGGAACCCAGAUCUGUGAUGGCCACUGAUCAUCAUAUACGUACAGUUGCACAUGAGAUUGCACAUGGUCUUGGUUUUGAAUCCGCGACCUUUGCUCGUCUCAACAUGACGACUGUCCUUGAAGAAAAAAAAUAUAUACGCGGCAAGCCUUACGUGUUUCUGAUAGCGACUCCUAAGGCAAAAGAAAUAGCACAACAGUACUACAACUGCAAGGAUGCCCCUGGUUUGGAGCUGGAGGACCAAACUAUGAGUGCUGUAUCGCACUUUGAAAUGCGCAACAUUAACGAUGAAAUGAUGACACCUGUAUCCAGUGUUGGAGGAGCCUACAGCGCACUGACACUUGCAGUUUUUGAUGACAUGCCAUUUUACAAGGCAAACUUCAGCAGGGCAGAGCCAUUGAGGUGGGCCAACAACUCCGGCUGUGAUUUUCUGGAGAAGAAGUGCAUAGAAAAUAAAAAGUCGAAUUUCCCAGAGAUAUUCUGCAACACGAGAUAUAUAAUCAAAGAUUAUUUUCAAUGCACCUAUGAUCGUAUGGCUCUUGGGGUCUGCGGAACAAAAAGGUAUCCUGAGAAGCUUGAGCCGCAGUUCCAGUACCUGUGGAACGCCCACUAUGGCGGCGAUAAAGUUUAUAUGGACUACUGCCCCUAUGUGCAGAAAGUCGCUCAGGGUGGUUGUACCGAUGGCAGCCGGUCAACGAUCGUUGGAAGCUUUAUUGGCCCGGAUGCACGCUGCGUAAAGGGCGAAGACCUAAAGUAUAGGACGAGAUCCAUUGGCGAUGUGUGUGUGAAUACGAAGUGUGAGGAGGGCAAGCUGAGCGUGCAGUUUCUGGGUGAUGAUGAAAAUAAGUGGUACGAGUGCAAGGAGGGGGAGCACGUUAUAUCGAGCAAUGAGACAAACUGGUCUGGAAAGAUUAUUUGCCCCAAGUACGCCGAUGUGUGCACCAAGUACCCCAACAUCACCCAUGAGGACACCUUGCCCGAGGUCACAGACGCUGACCUCAAGCCUGCUCCUGCGAACAUCACGUGGCCCAUCAUUAAACGUGAAGUCCCGACCCCUCAGCCCACCCAAUGGCCGACUCCAAUAGGAGAGGACAGAGGUGACGCAUCUCCUGAAGAAACGGUCCGACCCCAUACUUCUGAAGAAGUUGGCCAGCAUGAUUCCACCCACCACAACAUUCCAACAACAAGUGUAACCGUUGACGAGCACAUGGAGCUCGCUGACUCUCACAGCCAUCCUAGUGCAGCUCUCGACACAAGGGAAACACCGAGUGAGAAUGUACAAGGUAACCAUGUUGAUGCUGAAUCACCACCUCACCCAGUGAGAGCUCGGCGUGAAAUAAAGGACGGGGAUCAAGAAGACAGCGAUACAAAGAAUAACUGGGCUGCCAAUGGUAAAGGUCGAGCAGCACAUGUGCUUAACAACAAUGACGCAAUUACUAUGAACAUUGGUUUUGGUGAUGGCAGUAUCACUACUGCUGGUCAUGCAUCCCAUCUGCUUCUCGUCCUCGCCAGCGCCGUCGCCGUGGUAUUUGCUCUGUGA